AUACGCAUGUGUAACAUAUUAUACCGCUGACAAGCCAGCAAGCAAAAAAAUAAAAAUAAAAAUAAGGAAUAUCGUGGAGAUUUGUAGAAGAAUCAGAACUCUUGCACCGCAAUAGAAUACGUUUGGUGUGACUAUAAUGUCUGGAAUAAAGGUUGUGCCGUUAGGAGCUGGCCAGGAUGUUGGUAGAAGCUGUAUCCUGGUCAGUAUUGGUGGUCGUAACAUUAUGUUAGACUGUGGAAUGCACAUGGGAUAUAAUGACGAGCGCCGUUUUCCUGAUUUCGAUUACAUCACAAGAUCAGGAAAACUGACAGAGCAUCUGGACUGUGUGUUAAUAAGCCAUUUCCACUUGGACCAUUGUGGAGCUCUUCCAUACUUCUCAGAGAUGGUUGGUUACGAUGGACCAAUCUACAUGACACACCCCACCAAAGCUAUAUGUCCCAUUUUACUGGAGGAUUACAGAAAAAUUACUGUUGAGAGGAAAGGAGAGACAAAUUUCUUUACAUCACAGAUGAUCAAAGAUUGUAUGAAAAAGGUUGUUCCAAUCAAUCUUCAUCAAUCAAUCAAGGUUGAUGAUGAGCUGGAGAUAAAAGCUUACUAUGCAGGACAUGUGCUGGGUGCCGUCAUGUUUCAUAUGAGAGUCGGAACAGAGUCAGUAGUUUAUACUGGAGAUUAUAACAUGACACCAGAUAGACAUUUAGGUUCAGCAUGGAUAGACAAGUGUAGGCCUGAUAUCUUGAUAACAGAGUCCACGUAUGCCACUACCAUCAGAGACUCAAAAAGGUGCAGAGAACGAGAUUUCCUGAAGAAAGUACAUGAAACCAUGGAAAAAGGAGGGAAGGUUCUGAUACCUGUGUUUGCCCUGGGCAGGGCUCAAGAGCUUUGCAUUCUUUUAGAAACUUACUGGGAAAGAAUGAAUUUGAAAGCCCCAAUCUACUUCUCUACAGGUCUUACUGAAAAGGCAAACCAUUACUACAAGUUAUUUAUCACAUGGACAAACCAGAAAAUCAAGAAUACAUUUGUCCAAAGGAACAUGUUUGAGUUUGAGCAUAUAAAGCCAUUUGAUCGGUCGUACAUUGACAACCCCGGACCAAUGGUUGUGUUUGCCACUCCAGGCAUGCUUCAUGCUGGUCUCUCAUUACAGAUAUUUAAAAAGUGGGCUUCCAAUGAAAACAAUAUGGUAGUAAUUCCAGGAUAUUGUGUUGCUGGUACAGUGGGGCACAAGGUCCUCGCUGGACAGAAAAAGAUUGAACUGGACAAAAAGAAUGUGAUCGAUGUGAAGUUAUCUGUUCAAUACAUGUCAUUCAGUGCGCAUGCCGAUGCAGCAGGGAUCAUGCAGCUCAUACGAACGGCAGAACCCAGGAAUGUGAUCCUUGUUCACGGGGAGGGAGGCAAGAUGGAGUUUCUUAAGCAAAAAAUUGAACAAGAAUUUCGAAUUCCUUGUUACAAGCCGGCAAACGGGGAGACUGUGACAGUUCCUACCUCUCCUGUCAUUGCUGUUGACAUGUCUCUCAGUCUGCUGAAAAGGAAGAUAGAGUCCUUGAGAGAUCCAGAUGCAAAAAGAGCGCGAUUGACACCAGACAACAACCACCUGCCACUCCAAGGCGUCUUGGUCAUGAAAGACGAGUCUCUGCGUCUGCUAGAGUCCGAGGAGGCCAUGAAGGAACUAGGACUCACACAGCACCAACUGCGAUUUACAUCUACUGUUACCAUGGAAACCUCAGAACCUAAUCAUCAGAUCCUGGAGAAAUUGCAUUCCCACCUUGAAAGACUUCUGCCCAGCUACUCCAUACAAAAGGUCUCUGGGGGUUGCCUUUCAGUCGAAUCGGUUCUUAUAAAGUUCAGUGGUAGUGGAUCUGGCACAGAAAGGACUGGUCAGCCCACCACUUGCAGCAUGCUGGUCUCCUGGACAUUCCAGGACGAGGAGCUUGGCAGUCACAUCCUUAACAUACUUCAGGGACAGAAGGGCAGUUUCCUCUCCCAGACUUGCCCCCAGCCUGUACAACCCGCCGCCAGAUAGCACCGAGGAAGCAUGGAAACUAUAACGUCAUUGCCCAUGCUUGGCAGCAGACCCGCAUUUCUCGUAUCCGGGUUUGGGAAGAACUCGACCUGCCUUUGUGAGGGGGGAAAUCCCAAAUUCCUGUUUGAUCUCAGAUGUCAUUUCUACUCUUGGGCUCUGUAGCUAAGACCAGCUGGGGGGGCAGACCAGCAAAACGUGAGAUAUUAAAUGUUAAUAGCGCCGGCCCUACAUACUUGGGAAAACUUAUUCUAAACUGUGACAGGAAAGUCCACUAACAUCACGUUCCUUACUGUUGAAUAAUGUUGUGCCUUUUCACGCCUAUAUGACAUCGGCUGAGCAUUUUGUCACCUAUUUCGGACAACGUUGUGAUGUUUGGUAGCGGUUUGUAAAAGAUGAAGUAGUGUGCUUAUAGAUUUGUCAAGAGCGAUGAAAGUGAUUACAGACUUCAUCAGUAUCUAGUAGCAACCCUGAUUGUAUAUUCAGGUAUUUGCUGUUUAAUAUAAUCUUAUAAUUGCGGUCAAAGAGAAAUAUAACUAUCUAAUGAAGGGGAAGAAAGGGUUAGAACUCUUGCCAAACCAACCACAAGACAAUACAAAAUGCAAUCUUUAUUUUCUCCUCUUUUAAUAUCUUCUAAUUGCGAUUUUGCUUCACAAACAGCAAUUUGUUAUUGUUCUGGGAUUGCGGCAAUAUUUUCUUGGAUGUAUAAAUUUAUAAGCUUGUCAUAUAUAUAUUCUUCUGUUUACGUGCUCUGACGACUGGAUCCCAUAUGGAGGAUUAUAAUAGAAACAAAGUAAAAAACAAAGUAAGAAUACCACAAACAAUGGGUGGUUUUCAAAAUCCCGUGCAACAAAAUGUAAUUGUUAAAUAGUCAAGCCGUAACAAAAGAGAACAAAGACAUAACAGUGUAUUAGUACUAAAUAAACUAAUAAGUAUUUCACGUGUUUAAAAAAACCACUCAAAGCUUACAAAUUGACUUACAAUAAAAAUAGGAACAAACCGAAUUAUCAAACAACAGGCUACAAAAGCAAAAAAUGUCACUGUCAAUGUCAUUUUUCCUGUCAAUGUUCUUGUGGCUUUUAUUUCGUCCUAAAUUUGCACAAAUAAAUGAACAAGCAAACAACAACAACAACAAAAACAACAACAAAAAACGAAAUACUGACUAGCAGAAACAUUCCGGACAGGCCACUAAAAACAGACGGGCGAUGCGUUUUGCACCAAUACUAAUCUCCUCUAUUCGUUUACUGCUUAAAUUGUAUACAUUCCAACAUCUUCGUAACUUCGGUAGAGCAAUAAGCCGUACGUAAUUAUUAGUUCAUUUGAAUUAGUUCUGAACGCCGUGUUCAACUGGCAGCAGCUUCCUUGGUGUCCGACUCAGACUGUCGUCGCGAGAGGUGCUGAUUGAACCGCCAGCCCUCAUUGUGACGGUGGAACAUCUGAAAUCAGCGAGAGCAUUGUCAAGGUGGACGUGACAUGGAAAAAAAAUAAAUUCCAUUUUUAGGGGAUUUUCAAGAAGAAAUUGGUGAAAUAGUACAUUUUAACUUGGGAAAUCGUGGCUAAAUAACGCAAAAAUAACUAUCCCCAGAUAGUGGUAAAACAGUACAUUUCUAGGGGAUUAAAACAGUACAUUUCUAGGGGAUUGUCUAAGGGGAAAAUGGUAAAACAGUACAUUUCUAGGGAAAAAAUGGUAAACAGUACAUUUCUAGGGGAUUGUCUAGGGAAAAAAUAAUAAAACAGUACAUUUCUAGGGGAUUGUCUAGGGGGGAAAUGGUAAAACAGUACAUUUCUAGGGGAUUGUCUAGGGGGAAAAUGGUAAAACAGUACACUUCUAGGGGAUUGUCUAGGGGGGAAUGAUAAAACAGUACACUUCUAGGGGAUUGUCUAAGGGGAAAAUGGUAAAACAGUACAUUUCUAGGGGAUUGUCUAAGGGGAAAUGGUAAAACAGUUCACUUCUAGGGGAUUGUCUAAGGGGAUAAUGGUAAAACAGUACAUUUCUAGGGGGAUUGUCUAGGGGGGAAAUGGUGAAACAGUACAUUUCUAGGGGAUUGUCUAGGGGAAAAAUGGUAAAACAGUACACUUCUAGGGGAUUGUCUAGGGGGAAAAUGAUAAAACAGUACAUUUCUAGGGAAUUGUCUAAGGGGAAAAUGGUAAAACAGUACAUUUCUAGGGGAUUGUCUAGGGAAAAAAUAAUAAAACAGUACAUUUCUAGGGGAUUGUCUAGGGGGGAAAUGGUAAAACAGUACAUUUCUAGGGGAUUGUCUAGGGGGAAAAUGGUAAAACAGUACACUUCUAGGGGAUUGUCUAGGGGGGAAUGAUAAAACAGUACACUUCUAGGGGAUUGUCUAAGGGGAAAAUGGUAAAACAGUACAUUUCUAGGGGAUUGUCUAAGGGGAAAUGGUAAAACAGUUCACUUCUAGGGGAUUGUCUAAGGGGAUAAUGGUAAAACAGUACAUUUCUAGGGGGAUUGUCUAGGGGGGAAAUGGUGAAACAGUACAUUUCUAGGGGAUUGUCUAGGGGAAAAAUGGUAAAACAGUACACUUCUAGGGGAUUGUCUAGGGGGAAAAUGAUAAAACAGUACAUUUCUAGGGAAUUGUCUAAGGGGAAAAUGGUAAAACAGUACAUUUCUAGGGGAUUGUCUAGGGGAAAAAUGGUAAACAGUACAUUUCUAGGGGAUUGUCUAAGGGGAAAAAUGGUAAAACAGUACAUUUCUAGGGGAUUGUCUAGGGAAAAAUGGUAAAACAGUACAUUUCUAGGGGAUUGUCUAGGGGAAAAUGGUAGAACAGUACAUUUCUAGGGGAUUGUCUAAGGGGAAAUGGUAAAACAGUUCACUUCUAGGGGAUUGUCUAGGGGAAAAAUGAUAAAACAGUACAUUUCUAGGGGAUUGUCUAAGGGGAAAAUGGUAAAACAGUACAUUUCUAGGGGAUUGUCUAGGGGAAAAAUGGUAAACAGUACAUUUCUAGGGGGAUUGUCUAGGGAAAAAAAGGUAAACAGUACUUUUAUAGGGGAUUGCCUUGGGGAAAAAUGGUAAAACAGUACAUUUUUAAGGGAUUGCCUUGGAGAAAAAUGGUAAAAAAGUACAUUUCUAGAGGAUUGUCUUAGGGGAAAAUGGUAAAACAGUACAUUUCUAGGGGAUUGUCUGAGGGGAAAAAUUGUAAAACAGUACAUUUCUAGGGGAUUGUCUAGGGGGGAAUGAUAAAACAGUACACUUCUAGGGGAUUGUCUAAGGGGAAAAUGGUAAAACAGUACAUUUCUAGGGGAUUGUCUAAGGGGAAAUGGUAAAACAGUUCACUUCUAGGGGAUUGUCUAAGGGGAUAAUGGUAAAACAGUACAUUUCUAGGGGGAUUGUCUAGGGGGGAAAUGGUGAAACAGUACAUUUCUAGGGGAUUGUCUAGGGGAAAAAUGGUAAAACAGUACACUUCUAGGGGAUUGUCUAGGGGGAAAAUGAUAAAACAGUACAUUUCUAGGGAAUUGUCUAAGGGGAAAAUGGUAAAACAGUACAUUUCUAGGGGAUUGUCUAGGGGAAAAAUGGUAAACAGUACAUUUCUAGGGGGAUUGUCUAGGGAAAAAAAGGUAAACAGUACUUUUAUAGGGGAUUGCCUUGGGGAAAAAUGGUAAAACAGUACAUUUUUAAGGGAUUGCCUUGGAGAAAAAUGGUAAAAAAGUACAUUUCUAGAGGAUUGUCUUAGGGGAAAAUGGUAAAACAGUACAUUUCUAGGGGAUUGUCUAAGGGGAAAAAAUUGUAAAACAGUACAUUUCUAGGGGAUUGUCUAGGGGGGAAUGAUAAAACAGUACACUUCUAGGGGAUUGUCUAAGGGGAAAAUGGUAAAACAGUACAUUUCUAGGGGAUUGUCUAAGGGGAAAUGGUAAAACAGUUCACUUCUAGGGGAUUGUCUAAGGGGAUAAUGGUAAAACAGUACAUUUCUAGGGGGAUUGUCUAGGGGGGAAAUGGUGAAACAGUACAUUUCUAGGGGAUUGUCUAGGGGAAAAAUGGUAAAACAGUACACUUCUAGGGGAUUGUCUAGGGGGAAAAUGAUAAAACAGUACAUUUCUAGGGAAUUGUCUAAGGGGAAAAUGGUAAAACAGUACAUUUCUAGGGGAUUGUCUAGGGGAAAAAUGGUAAACAGUACAUUUCUAGGGGGAUUGUCUAGGGAAAAAAAGGUAAACAGUACUUUUAUAGGGGAUUGCCUUGGGGAAAAAUGGUAAAACAGUACAUUUUUAAGGGAUUGCCUUGGAGAAAAAUGGUAAAAAAGUACAUUUCUAGAGGAUUGUCUUAGGGGAAAAUGGUAAAACAGUACAUUUCUAGGGGAUUGUCUAAGGG